AUGGAAGAUGACCUGAGCCUUGCACCUACCAUCAUUAUUGUUCUCGCAAUGCUCCCAGAGUGCAUCGGUCAGGGAGCAACUCACGAAUCACGCUUCGGGGCGAAACCGAAAUUUCUGACGAAGCCCCGAAAAAAGCCUCCGUACAUUUUUCCUACGGUUCCAACGAGAUUUAUCGACGCACUCCCUGUCAUCCCCACCGGGAAGGCUUGUUGUAGGCGACGGCCAGGCUGGCUCUCCGAUACACCCACUCUUCGCAGAGAUAUUAUUGCGCUGAUAGUUGCUUCGGAAUCACACCCUUUUUGCAAGGUUGGCCGUGUGGUCACCAUGGGCAAGGCAGCAGCAGGGUUGGCGAGAGGAUAUUCGUACAACAACUGCUACAAUGAAGACGGCCUGGAGAGCAGCGGGCGCCGGUGGCGGGCCUGGGAGGGACACCUUGCCAGGCUCUACGUCGUGAACUACGUUGCCGUCGCGGUGUUCGCAGCCUCCAUGUAUCGCAUCGUGCGCCUGUGGGACGGCUCCCUGAACCGGAUGCACUUCUUCCCCCUCGCCGUGCCCUUCAUCGGCGUCUUCGCCUCCAUGACCUACCUCUUCGGCUUCUUCGGCAUCAGCGUCAUCUCGGGCGUGAUGGAUCCCCCCUUCGUAUCAUCCCCAGCCCCCAGCUCUAAGGACAGGUCAGCGGCACCCGCCGCCGGCCUCCCCAAACGCUUCUCCCCCACGGAAGAAGGCUCCUCGGACUACAGCCUGGACAACCCGGAGGUUAUCAUCGUUGGGGCGGGGACGGCGGGGGCAUCGGCCGCGGCCACGUUCGCUCGACAGGGCCGCAAGGUGCUCCUGGUCGAGAGGUGCAUGAGCGAGCAGGACCGGAUCGUGGGCGAGCUGCUGCAGCCGGGGGGGCUCCGGGCGCUGGAGCGCCUGGGACUGGACGCGUGCGCGAAGGAGGGCACGGACAGCGUGGUCGUGGACGGCUACGCGAUCAUCCGGUCCGCCGAAACCGGCGGAGCCGCCGCUGAAGCCGAAGGGCGGCUGGAUUCUGUUAUGUUGUAUUACCCCGAGAGUGACCCGGAGAACCGGUCGGAACUCUUCGGCAAGGGUGUGAAGCCUGCCGCUGCGGCGGCGGCGGCGAAGGGCGGCGAAGCCGGUCGGCGGCCUUGCUCGCGGGAGGGGGGAGUGCCGCGAGGGAGAAGCUUCCACAACUGCCGGUUCGUGCAGCGGCUGCGGGAGGCGGCGCAGGCGGAGCCGAACGUGAGGGUGGUAGAGGGGACCGUGUCGGCCCUCCUCGAAGGCGACGGCGGCGAGGUCGUGGGAGUUCGAUACCGCGAAGCGGUAAAGGGAGAGGGACAGGAGGAGGAGAGGGUCACCCGGGAGGUCCGGGCGCCGCUGACGGUUGUAGCGGACGGCAUCUGGAGCGGCCUGCGCAAGUGUGCGAACACCAACCGGCCCCAGAAGCUGUCCACCUUCGUCGGGGUCCUCGUGAAGCACGCCGCGGACGCGGCCCCGGUGCCACACAAGCACUGCGGCCACGUCGUGCUGGCCCACCCGUCCCCGAUCCUCAUCUACCAGAUCUCCUCGACGGAGACGCGGGUCCUCGUUGACGUCGCCGGCGCGAUGCCCAGCGCCGCGGACGGCGGCCUCUCGGCCCACCUGAGGGAGAAGUCCGCGCCGCAGCUCCCGGCGAUGUUUCGGCCGGCGUUCCUGGAGGCGGUCGCCCGCGGGGACGUCAAGUCGAUGCCGAACAGGGCGAUGCCGGCGUCGAGCGUUCACCGCCCCGGAGCUCUCUUGCUUGGAGACGCCCUGAACAUGAGGCACCCGCUCACGGGGGGCGGGAUGACGGUGGCCCUAAAGGACGUGGAGCUUCUCUCCGAGCUGCUGCGAGGAGUGCCCCUCCGGGACGCGGCCGCCGUGGCGUCCGCUGCGGCGCGCUUCCACGCGGGCCGUAGAGCCCACGCCGCCACCAUCAACAUUCUCGCCAACGCCCUGUACCACGUGUUCAGCACGCCCGAGGGCCCGGCGUCCAAGGGCACCCGGGUCGACCUCCAGGCGGCAUGCUUCGACUACCUUAGCCUCGGCGGCUGCUACUCGGCCGGACCAGUCGGCCUCCUCUCCGGCCUCAGCCCCGCACCGUGGGCCCUGACGACCCACUUCUUCAUGGUGGCGUUCCACGGCUGCCGGGAACACCUCCUGCCGGUCCCUACCCCCGGAGGAGUGCUGCGCGUGUAUCGGCUGCUCCACGUGGCGACGAAGAUCAUUAUGCCCCUGCUGGAACAGGAAGGGUCGACGUUCUUGGCCUGGUGGCCCUUCAGAAAAGCGAUCCAGCUGGUGCUUCCCUGGGAGCACGAGAGAUGGGAGAACCAAUAGCUCUACAUGCCUCCACGCCCGCCCGGGGACGCGAAAACAACACCGGGGGCGAUUUUUGCUAGAGAGAAUCGUCUACAUGGGUUUUACGCCAAGCGUUUGUCUUGGAGGACGCCUGGCUCGCGUUCACGUGCGCGUUUUUCGCACGCAAGACUUGCGACAUGGACGGACGAGUGGAAUAAACAGAGUUUUAUCUGCCGGGCGGAAUAGCUAGUGCACUGCUUAGUUUCAUGGGCGAAUUGAGCACACCACAGGGUGCUAAGUAGUGGUCGGUCGGAUGGUAUGUCUGCUGGACAAACCGCUCGUGUCGCUCUAGGAUAUGGGUGAAGAAGCCUAGUAGGCGUAGGGUGGUCUUCAUCAGGGGGGGCUUGCGCUUCCUUCUUGUAGGUUUUUAAAACGCGGUGUGUGUAGUGUGCCAAGCCUGGCUGCAGACUCCCAGAGAGUGGUCGCAAACAAACACGGAUUCGUACUCCGUCUCCGUCGGGUAUGUCUUUUUUGUUUUGUCGGUCUCGGUUUUGUUUCAAUUUUGUUUUUAUCGCCUAGGGCAUGUACGCAUGCAUGGGGAGCCUCACGUGCACGAAUGAUUUUUGUGCGUAGUGUGUGCGUGUGUGUUUUCUGGGGCCGCUCGUGUGAUCAUGUUUGCAAUCGUCGUGCAAGGGUUGUUUCAAGUGCCACCACCACUACGAAGUUGCCCGCUCUUCAGUGCAUGGAUGUAGUUAAGGUAGGUACCGCGAUAAAAAUGCCGUCGCGGCCGCCUCUGGGGGCGCUAUGUAAUAGAUUCUUCUUGGUUAUUGUGUUCCAUUGUUUCUUCCGUCGUGACGCUAUUCUCGCUCGUCUUGUUUUUUAGUCGUCGAAUGUUGUGUCGGUGUGAUCUAGGGUCGUGCCGUUGCCCCCCGGGACUUGUCAAAAAUUGUGAGGCAGUUUCAUAGCUCAAGAGGUGUGCACGUAACUUGACCCAAACACAUGGUCUGGGCCCGCCAGACGAAAAAUUAUCAACAACAAAC